AUGGCGCCGCUAUUGGCCGUCGCCGUGUGCUUCAGUCACCUCCUCCUCCUCCUGCUGUCGUCCUCGCACCACGCGCACGCGGCUCCUACAAUUCACCCAUCGCAAGUCUCCGUGCUGCGCGAGCUGUCGUCCGCGUGCGGGCUGACGUACACGGCGUGGGGGGAGGGCGCGGAUUGCGCCAAUGCCCCGGGACUAACGUGCGAUGGCGCGGGGAUGGUUCAGAGCUUGUCGUUGUGGGAUGUGGGCAUGGAGUGCGUGCUUCCUAGUUACAUCAGCGACCUCAGUGCCCUCACAUCCCUCAACCUUAGCAGCAACACCCUCAUUGGCAACUUGCCCUCUGCAAUCGGCAACCUGAGCCAGCUCAAGUACCUAGAUUUGAGUGUGAACAGGAUAAGUGGCAGCAUACCACUGGAGGUUGGAAAUCUCUCCAGCCUUCUUUCAUUUGACAUGCGGUACAAUCAGCUAACCGGGUUCAUCCCCGACACCUUGGCUCUCCUCUCCAACCUCACAUACCUCGACCUGGGGUCCACGCGGGAGUCACCGUCCAGCACCAACAUGGUCAACCAGCUCACCGGUCCCAUCCCCCCCAACCUCGGCACCCUCCGCAACCUCACCUUCCUAGGGCUCAGCAGCAAUUUCCUGAACGGGUCCAUACCAGCCAGCCUGGGCGCGCUCGCCAGUCUCUCGUACCUGGACCUGAGCAGCAACUGGCUCAACGGCACCAUCCCUGCUGCUAUUGGCCGCAUGCGCAGCCUUAAAGUAGUUGACCUCAGUGACAACUACCUCUCUGGCCCCAUUCCAUCCUCUAUCGGACUGCUCUACAAUGUCUCUUUUCUCAAGCUCGCCUCGAACGCGCUAAACGGCUCUUUGCCCGCCUCGCUCUUCAACCUCACACAGCUCGUGCAUCUGGACGUGGGGGCAGUGAGGAAGCGGUUCUACGCAGAGAAUCAGACGAACCGGUUCCAGGGGCCUCUGCCUGCCGAAGUUGGCAACCUCACUGCACUCACUGCCCUGGGCAUGAGCAACAACCUUCUCUCGGGCGCCAUACCAUCCACCAUCGGACGCCUGCUCUCCCUCGUCUACCUGGACCUGCACAACAACAUGUUCAACGGGUCCAUUCCAGAUGCCAUCGGCAACUUGGCACAGCUCAAAACGCUCUACCUGGGUGGCAAUGAGCUGUCGGGGUCCCUGCCUGCAUCCAUAGGCAACCUCUCCAACCUGCAAGUGCUUGCUCUGCGCAGCAACGGCCUCGGCGGGUCACUCCCAAGCUCCAUUGGUGGCCUGGGGAGCCUGGAGGAGCUUGAGCUGCGCAACAACAGCAUACAAGGCCCCUUGCCUCCCACAUUGGGCAACCUAAUCACGCUCUACUCCAUGAGUUUGGACAAGGCAGUGGAGUGUCCCAAUGUUGACAAGUGCGAUGUGAAGCAGUAUCGUGGAUCAGAGUUCUGCGAUCGAUGCAUGCAAUUCUGCACAAUUUGCCCACAAUACAAUAGUGGGGACAGCCGACCUCAAGCACUUGUUCUGCUUACAAGCGCUCUAGUUCUAACCCGUGCUGCUCUUUCCCGCAUCUCAGCUCAGCUCAGCACAGCUAUCUUCCUUUCCGCUGUCCAGCACGGCUGUGCAGCUGUGCUCCCCGCUGGGAUGGGAUGUACCAUACCAUGCGCUCAGGUGCUACUGUUCAUCGCCGCAAGCUCCCUCGACCCUCUCAAAGCAACUGCCUUCCCCAUUCCUGGAAUGACAUGUGAAGGAUAG